CUCUCUCUCCACACUCUCUGCUUCUUCUCUAACUCUGCAGCAACUAGGUGUACAAUUCAAUUAUCUUACAUGCACACACACAUAAGAAGACACAGAAACACGAUAACGCCGUUAAGUAGCGGAAGUUUGGUUAAGUGGAUAUUCUGUUUGAUAUAACGAUCGAAUUAUUAAAAAUGAUGAUGAUGAAUAAUUGUACGGAUCAUCAAUUAUCAGACGGCUCGGAAGAAACUAGCUACAGCGGCGGCUCAUUACUUUCCUUCUCUUCAUCCACGUCAUCACUCAACUCGUUAUGUCAAACCCAGUCUCCUCCUCCACCUCCCUCCUCCGCCGCGGCGGCGAAUAAGAAGAUCAAGAGAGUGAGAGAGGCGGCGGCCAGCAGUAACUCCAGCACCAAGCACCCUGUUUACCGAGGGGUGCGAAUGCGGAACUGGGGAAAAUGGGUUUCCGAAAUACGGGAGCCCCGGAAAAAGUCGCGCAUCUGGCUGGGGACUUUUCCGACGCCGGAAAUGGCGGCGCGUGCGCACGACGUGGCGGCGGUGAGCAUCAAGGGCGCCUCCGCGAUACUCAAUUUCCCGGAGCUGGCUUCCGCCCUGCCCCGCCCGGCCUCACUCAGUCCCCGCGACAUCCAGGCCGCGGCGGCGAAGGCGGCGGCGAUGGACAAAUUCGACAUCCCGACAUCGUCUUCUUCUUCUUAUUCCAGCACGUGCUCUUCGUCGGGGAGCUUGUCUUCGCCGCCGUCGCUGGUAUCCUCCAUAGACCUGUCUGCAACUCUAGAAGAACUGAGUGAGAUCGUCGAGCUGCCGAGUCUGGGGUCGUGCUUCAACUCGUUAGAAAUCAGGAAUGAGUUUGUGUACGUCGACAACAUGGCCUCCGACGAGGGGUGGUGGUGGAGUUGAUCAACACGUACAGUCGAAACGACGUCGUACGCUGGAAUAAUUUACAGAUUUUUUUUUCUCCUUUUUUAUUUUCUUUUUUGUGGUUGUGGUGUAAUUGUUAAGUACUUUUACGUUUGUCUUAAUUAAUUAAUUAGUAGUUAAUUGUGAAGGAAAUUACUAAAUUAGCCUUUGCAUUUUUUGUUUGAAGGGCUAAAAAUCAUUUGUUCUUCACUUCUUCCCAUCCACCACGUUCAUCUUCAAUGAAUCUAACUGUACAGUGUGUUCUCACUCUUAAAA